AUGGGAGGCUCAUUAUCUCGUCUUUGGUCCUUGGUUUGGACUAAAAAGGAAAUCCGAAUUCUCAUCCUGGGUCUUAUCGGCGAGGUCGUCACCACGAUUCCCACCAUCGGAUUUAAUGUCGAAUCUGUGACAUAUAGGAACUUGAAUUUCAACGUUUGGGAUCUCGGUGGCCAAACAUCCAUUCGUCCGUACUGGCGGUGUUACUAUGCCAACACAGCGGCUGUCAUCUUCGUCAUAGAUUCCACAGACAUCGAGCGGUUGGGAACCGCAGCGGACGAGUUAGCGGCUAUGUUGAACGAAGAAGAACUUCGAGACGCAGCUCUCCUCGUAUUCGCCAAUAAGCAGGAUCAACCUGGUGCAAAGGGCGCGGGCGAGAUUUCGGAGGCAUUGAAAUUGGGAGAGUUGCGUGACCGGAAUUGGAGUAUUGUCGCUUGCUCUGCCAUUGAUGGCAAGGGUGUCGAAGAAGGCAUGGACUGGCUGGUGCAAACCAUCCAAGCCGAAAACGCAUGA